AUGCAAUACUUCCGCCUUGCUGCUGCUGUAGCAGCUUUUGCUCGAAUGGCCGUCACGCAAACGAUUGAUCCCAACUCAGUGCCCCUAUCAACGAGGCAGGCGUGGUGCAACUCACAGAUCGCCCAAUGUCCACUUAUCUGUCUGCAAGAAGCUGGCAACUCCGCCGGCACUUAUGAUAAUACAUGCGAUUCUGCCUCCCUUACCUACUCCUGUAUCUGCUCCAACGGAUUGUCUCCGAACGCCUCCGAGUACUCGCAAACCCUGCCAUACUAUAUCUGCACCCAAUAUAAUACCAAUUGUCAGCUGGGCUGUGGUAAUGACAAUACUUGUGCCGCUGCGUGCGUGCAGGACCAUCCAUGUGGUGCUCUUAACCCUACAAGAGUCAACACAAGCACUAUCAGCACGAUGCCAGCAACAUCUACGACAAACGGGGCGGCAGCCUCGACCGCCUCAGAUGGCAGCGUUGUUUACACUGGCUUUGGUGGUGGUGCCGCCGCUACCACAACCGAUGCAUCAGGCAGCAGCGGAUCUUCUGGGAGCUCUGCUGCGUCAAGGCUGGUCAUCAACGUUGGUGAGAUGUAUGGACUCGCAGUUGUCGCUGCAGGAAUUUUCUUCGGCUUCAGCGUGAUGCUCUAA